AUGACGGGACGGGCCGCGAUGCGAACCCCUGAACCGCCCGACCGCGGCGAACGCGAAGGCUCUCCACCGCGACUGUCGAGACCGAAGCGCACCACCAGACCACCGAAAAUCUACGCCCGAGAACAGGAGAUCGACAACGAGCAGAGGACGACGCGACCCUCGCAAAAGAAGAGAAUCGAACCCGAAGCCCAGCCUGACGUGGCAACUUCGGACGACUCCGCGAUCGAGAGCGACGACCCCGAUGUCAGCAAUUUGGUCCAAGAGAUUGCCAAACUCAGGAAAGAAAUUAGACUACGAGACGAGCUACACAAGGAAGAAUUACACAAGGCUAAAGCAGAGUUUGGUGCUGCCCUCGCCGAGGUCCGAGACGAGCUACAGAACCUGACAGAUAGAUCCUCGACAUCGCAAUGCCACUCCGAAGCAUGCGCUCCGAGCGGCUACGACGAGAUCCUCCGCGAAAUUCAAUCCUUACGCGAGGAAAUCAGCGCUCCCACUCUCACGGGUUCUCCGUCUUAUGCAGAUGUGGCCCGCACUCCCCCGCUCAGCCACCCGAGCAAUAUACCUUACUCUGUCGCAGUGCCCACGGAAUGCUGUCUAAUCGACUUUGCUCUAGCUGUGGACGUCUAUUACGUCUGGCUACGGCUAUUCAAUCACCAAAAUGUCCCGCUUGUCGGAUUUCCUUGCUCCCCAAAUUCUUGUCACUUCCCUCUCUUCUUAAUCUCAGUCUCUUAG